UGGCGGGCUCAGCCAAUGGGAGCGCGGCUCGCCGAAAAAGGCGGGAGGGGGAAGCCGGAAGUGGGCGUGGCUCCGCUGUCAUGGCGGCGCCCGAGGAGGAGGCGGCGGCGGCGGCGGACGGCGGCGGGGGGGAGGGGGGGCGAUGAGGAGGCGCUGAAACGGCUCGAGGCGCUGGUGACCGACCUCUACCGCUUCCGGGACACCCUGCCCGCCCGUGGCCCCGCCCACGACCCCGCCCACGACCCCACCCACGACCCCACCCCUGACCACGCCCCUGACCACGCCCCCGACCCCGCCCAGGCGGCGCUGGUGGCCGAGAUGGAGCGGACGCUGCAGCUGAUGGAGCAGAUCCACGUAUCCCCGGAGGGGCGUGGCCGCGCGCUGGUGCUGCGGGCGCGCGCGCUGGGCGUGGCCCCCGAGGUGGGCGGGGCCAGGGCGGAGCUGGCGCUGGGCCACGCCCUGAAGCUGGACCCCGCCCUGGGCGUGGCCUGGCGCCAGCUGGGCGAGCAGCGCUGGAGGAGGGGCGACAUCCGGGGCGCCCGCCAGGCCUUCGGGGGCGCCCUGCAGCAGGGGGAGGACCCCGAGGCGCGGCGCCUCCUCUCCAUGGCCCUGCGCGCGCAGGGGGCGGGGCCCGGCCCGCGGGGGGAGGGGCCCGGCCCCGGGGGGGCGGGGCCUGCCGCGGGGGGCGGGGCCCUGCGCGAGAGCCUGGCCCAGGCGGAGGCGGCGGUCAGGUGUGACCCGAGGGACGGCCAGUCCUGGUACGUGCUGGGGAACGCCCACGUCUCGCUGUUCUUCGCGGGGGGGCAGAGCCCCGGCAGCGCCCGGCGCGCGCUCGCGGCCUACGCCCAGGCGGAGCGCGUGGACCCCGAGGCCGCCAAGAACCCCGACCUGCACCUGAACCGCGCCACGCUGCUGCAGUUCCUGGAGCGCUUCCAGGGGGCGCUGGAGGGGCUGAGCCGCGCGGCCGAGCUGGCCCCGGGGUGGGCGGAGCCACGGACGCGGCACCGGCACCUGGUGGAGUACCUGGGACAGGUGUGCCAGCUGCUGGAGACCAAGGGGAAGCUGCGCGGGAAGCGGCGCCGGGGCCUGGCGGGGCCGGUGCCCCUCCCCCUCCUGGGCCCGCUGGGGGGGGCGGGGGGGCCGCGCCCCUCCCCCAUCGCGGCGCUGCGGCCGGGGCCCAACCCCCAGCGCGUGGUGCUGGGCAGGGCGCUGUUCACGCUGGCCCCGCCCGGGGGCGUGCCCUACACGGUGGGGCUGCAGGACGGGGGCGGGGCCGUGGCUGCCGUCACCGUCUAUAACUCCGCCCCCAGCUGGGGCGUGGCCGUGGGGGACGCGGUGGGCGUGGCCGAGCCGCUGCUGACCCAGCACCUGCACCAGCACCAGGGACAGACGUUCUCCUUCCUGGGCCUGCGCGUCCCCUCCCCCCUCUCGCUGGUGGUCAACGGGAAACGCCCCCCGGGCUCCGCCCUGGCCCCGCCCCGCCUGGCGCUGACCAAUCCCAGCGCGCCGCCCGGCCCGGCCCCGCCCCCCGCCCCGCGCUGACCACGCCCACCCCGCGGGGGGCGGGGCCGGGACCCGGGGCAAUAAAAGAGGAUUUU